AUGGAGCUGAAUAGUAUUUUGUCACAAAUUGAAAGUGGAAAUGAAGAGGACAUUGAAAAGCACUUGCAUCAGUAUAAUACAGAGAACAGACGUAGGUUUGACUUUAACCACAACCAGGAGGAUGCCCGAAUAAAACUGUGUCAGGGUCUGCUGACGGUACUGGGCAGACCUGUCAGAUCCAGCUGUCAGAGCACUGCCCUGGAGACCUUACGUAUCCUAUCGAGGGAUAAACGUGUGUUGGGGCCUGUUGCCACACGUGGGGGUAUCCUCACUCUGGCUGGGCUGGCGGAUAUUCGCGUAAGUGAGGAGAAUACAGAGAAAGGUGGGCAGCAGCAGCAGCAGCAGCCUGUGGAGGAGGCAGAGACACCAGAGAAGGAGAGAGUGGUGGUGGAGGCUUUGAAGUGCCUGUGUAACGUAGUGUUCAACAGCGUGGCGGCACAGCAGGUGGGCGCAGACGUGGGGUUGGCACAGGGACUGUGUGCCCUCUUGAACUCGGCCGGCGCCAGGGGUCACGAGGUGAGCCUGUUCUCCCUGAGACUGCUCUUCCUUCUCUCGGCUCUGCGAUCCGACGUGCGGGGGAGCCUCCGCAAAGAGACGAAGGCGGUGUCUCUGCUGAGGGGCGUGCUGGAAGACGCCCUGCAGGUGCGCUGGAUAGGGCCCUACGAAGCCGCACCCCCAGACCCUCAGGCCCCGCCCAUUCCCCCCGAAGACAGUGAGCGUGCUAUGGAGGCUCUGAAAGCUCUUUUCAACAUUACCAUGUCUGACUUUAAUGACCAAGAAGAUGACCAUCAGCUCCACCUGAUUGUGGCCAUAAUGCGGCAUCUUUUGAUGUUAAAGGCUCACACAGAGGAGAAAACAGAGGAGGCGCACAGCCAUGCCAUAAAUCUGCUGAGUAACCUUCCUGUGCACUGCAUGGAUGUCCUGAUCAACGUUCCCAAACAGGGAGGCUUGGAGGAGUACGGGGGCAAAAACCUGGAGGCCGUGCAGGUGCUGAUGGAUUUCAUGGUGAAAAGAAUAGACAAGGGCACCAACUACAAAGAGGGGCUAACCCCGGUGCUGAGUCUGAUGACGGAAAGUUCCAGACAUCACAGAGAGAUUCGCAGAUACCUAAAGGCCAAGGUGCUGCCCCCUCUGAGAGACGUGAAAGAGAGGCCGGAGGUGGGCACCACAGUCCGGAACAAACUGGUACGACUCAUGACCCACGUGGAUAUGGGCGUGAAACAGGGUGCCGCUGAAUUCCUGUUUGUUCUCUGCAAAGAGAAUGUGGACAACCUGUUGAAAUACACUGGCUACGGUAACGCCGCGGGGCUACUGAUGGCACGGGGUUUGUUAGCUGGAGGAAGAGGAGAAACGGAGUACUCUGCUGACGAGGACUCGGAUACUGAGGAGUACAAAUUAGCCAAGCCAUUCAUUAACCCAAUCACGGGCCAUGAGGAGAAACCCAUGCCUAACCCUAUGGAGGGGAUGACUGAGGAACAGAAGGAGUAUGAGGCCCAGAAGCUGAUGAACAUGUUUGGAGAAUUGUCAGAACGACAGGUGAUCAGACCUAUGGGAGUAAGGGAGGAUGGCUCUCUGGCGCCCCUAGAGGAAACCAUCAGUCAAUACAAUGUUGAAGACAGCUGUGAGUCAGACUCAGACUAG